CUCCUUUACCCUCCCUUCUUUUACUUAUAUUUCUCUGUGAUCUUAGUUAGUGUGCAGAACGACAUCUUUGCGAAAGGAACUCCAGCACAAAAUAUUUAGUUUCCCCAUAUAACCAUUUUUUGGUUCCCAUUUAAUUAAUAAAACGUUGAAAGUUACUCCAAUAUGGUAAUAUUCUCAUUUGACUUUGACUCUUAAAUAAGGUAGAAAACGAUAACAACAAAAGCCUUUUUGACGAACUAUCUCAUAUAUGUAUUCAUCAAUAAUCUCAUAUAUUGUGUAAAGUGAGAGAGACCAAAAUAAAAUAAAACAUCAAAUUAGAUAGAUCUCAAUCAUUAUGGCCAAAACUCUCCAGCGACCUUUUCUCCUUCUAACGGUGGCCACUGUGCUAUUCUCAACCGCUCCGUUUUCAAACGCUAUUCCAUUUAUAGUGUUUCACGGAAUUGGAGAUCAAUGCUCCGGUGGAGUUAGUAACUUCACGCAACUCCUAAGCAGCGUCUCCGGCUCUCCUGGCUCUUGCUUAGAGAUAGGAAACGGAGAGGAAGACUCAUGGUUCAUGCCACUAGUGCUACAAGCAAGUGAAGCGUGUAAGAAAGUUAAACUGAUGAAAGAGCUGAGUCAAGGUUACAACAUUGUUGCAGAGUCUCAAGGAAACAUGGUGGCUAGAGGCCUUAUCGAGUUCUGCCACGAUGCUCCUCCUGUCAUCAACUAUGUCUCCUUAGGAGGACCUCAUGCUGGCAUCGCUAGAGUCCCCAACUGUCCAUCUGGUCUAAAAUGUGAUAUAGCAGAAGCUAUCUUGAAGUUGGAGAUCUAUAACGACUUCGUUCAAGAUCAUAUUGCUCCUAGUGGUUAUAUCAAGAUCCCUGGUGAAAUGACCAAGUAUUUGGAACAUUCCCAGUAUCUACCAAAGCUUAACAAUGAGAGACCUGACGACAGAAACUCCAUUUUCAAAGACCGUUUCGCGAGCUUACAUAACUUGGUUCUUGUCAUGUUCCAGGACGACACAGUACUGAUCCCCAAAGAAACUUCUUGGUUUGGAUAUUAUACAGAUGAAGGGUUUGGUACCCUUUUGUCAACUCAAGAGACAAAACUAUACACAGAAGACUGGAUCGGUCUGAAAGCAUUGGAUGACGCGGGAAAAGUAAAGUAUGUGAGUGUCUCCGGGGAGCACCUUAUGAUAUCGUUUCAGGACGUUGUGAAAUACGUUGCGCCUUACUUGAUGCAGAUAAGUUAGUAAUUUCUGUAAUGCGACUCUUCUUGUCAUUUUAUGAAGUUUCAAAUAGGUUUGUUUUUUUUUAUACAUUGUUUAAGAAAAAUUUAGCUCAUAAAAUAAUAUUUUUAAUUAGUGUCUCUCUGCAUCCUGCGCAAGCAUAUAAAUAUUUCUUAAUACCUGCUUUGUCAAUUCAAAAACCAUCAGGAAUUGUUGUUGUUCAUGCGUUCUAAAUAAUCAAUAAUAAAUUGAAACCAAAAUUUUAAUACAUAACAAUAUCUUUAAUCAAAAUACACAGGGUCAAAGAUCUAUUUUUUCACUAAAAAAGACAUUCAUUUGAAAAAUUAUUCCACGUCAGAAAAAGUUUGGAAUAAGUGGAAUGCUAGUUCUAUUCCAUAAAAUUCCAGAAAUUAUUGUCUCUAUUGUUCCGCAUAUUCAUUUUGCAAGUUACCAGUUACAGUCCCAGUAUCUUCUAGACCAUGUCUGAGAUAUGUAGUUCCUGAAAAAAAACAAUAUUUCUAGUAGAUUGUUUGCUGUUUAGGGUGGUCGACGUCACACAUAUGGAAGCCACUGGCCUCGAGCCAGAGAUCAGUCCAGACAUUUGCGACAGUUUCACAUUUUCGUUCUAAUUACGAAAUUAUGCAGAAUUUUUACUUAUAUAUUUUUAGAACUAAAAACAGUAGAUUUGCUAUUGUAGUUAUGAUGAUGAGUCUCAGUUUCUAUGGUUUGACAAACCUUUCUUAAGCAUAUAUGGUUGUGUUUGAUUUGGCAAGUUAAAAAAUAAUAAAACAACGCAAAGAAAUAAAGUUUACUCUGCCAUUAGACUUGAUUACAAAGCAUCAUACUACCCGAUUCACUACCAAUACUUCUCAAAAUCGAACCUCUCUCAAAAUCGAAACCCUUUAUCAAUACCUUGGAUAUUUACUAAUAACUUUGUUCCUACUAAGUUUGAUAUAUCAGACAAGAACAUGUCUCUUCAGGCUAAGCACAUAAACCGAGAUGUUAUGUUUCUGCAAGGUCUUGGUUCUCUUCCGAAAUGGCCUGUUUCCGCUCAUUCUGAACACGUCUUCUUCAAUCUCGUCUCGAGAAAGAGCGACCCUGAGACUGUGACUCUCAUUCGCAAUUCUCCUCGGCUCCAUCGCUCCGACUUGUUUCUGGUUCUUCACAUUCGAAGCUCCUCCGCCGGGAACACACCGUUUCCCUUCCUUCCUCGGCCGCAGAUUCCAAGUCCUCUUUUCCUCUCUCCGCGGUGGGUAGCAUCGGGUUUCAGGUGAUCGUGCUCGGAUGACGGCGCGAAUUUAUUAAUUUUUUGUAAUUUAAUAAUUGAAUUUUUACUUAGUAAUACUAAUUUUGUUUUGAAAAGUGUAAAUAUUUGAUAUUUCAAAUAAAAGAAGACGAUUUUUUUUGCAAUCCAAAUUAUAAAAAAAAAGAUGGUUUGAUGGAUACAUACAACAAUUGAGUAAAAUUAUUACAAAGACAACAACUCAAUCAGAUUCAAACUCAACAAAAGUUUAUGCUAAUAACAAAAGAAAAUUUUUAACUCAAGAACGCAAGCACAAACGGAGCUUUGUGAUAUUGAUUUUGAUAAGGCUUUAUUGAAG